AUGGAGUUGUCGUCGACUGAGAGGCCUUCAACCACAAACGUCACUACAACGCUGUGUCCCACGGUCACAACUAACGUUUCCAAAGUCACCAGAGAACCCUUCUUGAAUAGCCUGGCCCACCUUGAUGAGGGACUCUACAAUGACUUCUACAGUCUAUGGAUUGCACUGUUGGUCAUCAACACCCUUAUCUUCAUGGUGGGAAUGGUCCUCAACACGCUUGCCCUAUAUGUCUUCUGUUUUCGCACCAAGCCCAAGACCACCUCCGUCAUCUACACCAUCAACCUGGCUAUCACUGACCUUCUGGUCAACCUAUCUUUGCCCACGCGCAUCAUACUGUACUACAGUGGUGGCAAAUGCAUCAACUGCUCCUAUGUGCACAUCUUCAGCUACUUUGUGAAUAUGUACUGCAGCAUCCUCUUCCUCACCAGUAUCUGUGUGGACCGAUACCUGGCCAUAGUGCAGGUGGAGGCCUCGCGCAAAUGGCGCAGCCCCAACGUGGCGAAGGUGGCCUGCGUCUGUAUCUGGCUGUUCGCUGUGGUGGUCACCUACUCGUUCCUGACCUGCUGCCUGACGUGCCUCUUCGCCCUGACCGUGUUUGAGUUCUUCCUGCCGCUGCUGAUCAUCGCCAUCUUCACCGUGCGGAUCGUGUGCGCGCUGGCCAGUCCUGGCCUGAUGCAGCAGAGUCGCGAGCGGAGGCGGCGGGCGGUGCAGCUGCUGACCAGCGUGCUGGUCAUCUUCACCCUCUGCUUCACGCCCUUCCACGUGCGCCAGGUGCUGCUCUACUUCAACCCGGAGAUGCCGCACCACGCCGUGGCGUACCACGUCACCGUCACCCUGAGCAGCCUCAACAGCUGUCUGGACCCCGUGGUGUACUGCUUUGUGACCAACAACUUCCAGUCCACCAUGAAGGGCUUCUUCCGUAAGGCAGAGGCUGAGCAGACCAGCGGGGACAUUGUGAGCAUGCAGAAGAGCUCCAAAGGCACAGGCACAGUGACUGCCAUCGCUCACAGCAUGAUGCUCAUGAACCUGGCAACAGCCCAGGAGGAGCAGAUCCCUGCAUAAUGUUAUUAUUCUCUCUUAUACCCGUACUUUGGAGGUUGAUCUGAUGUUGACAAUUACUGUACAUUUUGGGCAGUUCAAGACUCCACAUUGAACAUGGAGUGAUUUUGGGGCUGUUUGUAGAGGCCUAUGUUUUUGUUCAUUGUUUUGAGAAAAAUAAUGAUUGCAUAAGUGCAACCACCCAGUAUUUGUGACCAUUUAAUCUAAUCUACUUGCAGACCAUACAGACAAAUAAUCAGAGGAAUCUCCAUGAUUCUCCUGAUUCAUGACCUGGGUUUAUCUAUACGUACACUUUGAAAAUGCUUGGAAAAACUGUCCAAAUGUAAAGGCCCCAAAUCAUAGUGAUGAUCCAAAAAUGAACACCCAUGUGUGUCGGCACAGAGAGUGUUUGAUACAGGUAGGCUAACCAAGAUGGGAAGGGGCCAGUGAAUUAUUAAUCAUUUCACAUGACCUUCUCAAGUGGUAAACAUCAUUCAGAAUGAACAACCUACGGAGGAGGGUGCUAGCACCGCGGUUCCACAAUAAUGCCAUGCUGGUUCUGUCUGGGUAAUGCAGUUACUAGAACACGAAGUGAGUUUGACUCUUUACCAGAAUCAUGGAAUCGACCUUUAGUCUAUUUAUAAUACUGUUAUAACACUGUUUUAUCUGUCUACUUUGGUAUGCAAUUUGUUUUGCUCUUUCAUAUUGAGAUGAUUAUACCACCAUCAAAGGGCUGUGACGCAUUGCCUUGAUGUGUCUUUUUUUGAUCAUGUUCAAACGAAUAAGGGCCGUCUGUUAGCAUGUCUGUGUCACAACAGUUAUUAAAUUAUGUGUGCCUGCUGUUCAUAGCUAGUGUCCUACUCCCCUAACAUGCUGAUGUACAUGUGCUGAGUGAAUGUAUGAUACUUAUACACAUGUGGGCCGAGGCUAAAUGUUUAUGUGUAGGCCUACACAAAGUAUACUACGAAAAUGCUUGGUAAAACAUUAUGUAUUAGGCUUGUACCUGUAGAUGGUACACACUUUAAACCACAACAGUAACUGGUUUUACAUACCUAAACCAUAUCCUCUAAGCUUUGAGAUGGAAGGGUCGAGGAUGAUGCCACUGGAAAUCUGUCAGAGGACCAAAUAAACCUUUCCUGUAAGCCAAGUCAAGAGUCAAGAGAAUUGAGCAUUAAAGACCUGAUAAACUGGCCCCAGCCGUGGUGCGACUGGCUGGGGCACCUGCACCGCACGCCGGCGACC